AUGAAUCGUGGAAGAGUCCGUCGAAGAGAAGACGAUGGCGUCGACCCCUUGUCGCUGGAUGCGUUCAACCCUCGGAUAACUGGCUUCAGGCCAGAUACAGUUUGGAAUUAUUAUUUUAUCGAAAACCGCCUUCCAGAGCUUGCCCAGUGGCGUAGGAGAUACUAUCCUACCAGCCCGAGCUGCGAUUGGUGUAUGGUCUACAACCAGUACUGCAAUUUCCCCCAGGGGUGUGCGCAAUGCCAGGCCGCCAAUCGACCGUGUACCGGCGCUCCCGCCCCUAUGUCGAUGGGGUACCCCCAGCCUGCGCCGUACGCCCAACCUACACCGUUCGGCCAGCCCGUGCCGGCCGCUCAGCCUCAGCGAUACUCGCUGCCGUAUGCGCAACCGCAACCGCAACCGCAACCGGCCGCUCAGCCUGAGCUGUUCGACGAUAGGUUCAUCGACCCGCGUCUGCUCGAGCAUGAUCGGCAGCAGCAGCAGGGAGGAGCUCAAGCUCAAGCUCAAGCUCAACCGCAGCCGCAGCCGCUAUCAUACUCGGAGGGAUACGCUCAGGCGUUCAAUAAUUCCGCUGUUCCCGCAGGGACGGGAGGAAUAGAUCUGGGGCAAUCGUCGUAUACUGCUGGUCUUGUGGGUACCGUGUAUGACCCUAACAGACCGGAUGCAAGCAGUUCUACUCUGCCGCCUCCAGGAGGCUUCGGCCUAAGUCUUAAUCCCGUGCCGGAUCCUUCGUAUGGCUAUGGUUCUGGUUUUGAAUCUGGCUAUACUUCUGGAUCUAGAUUUGGAUUUGGAUUUGGGUUUGGAUUUAGUUUUUUCCCUGAGAGUAUCCCCAGUUAUGACCCAUCCACGGCCCCUAGCUAUUUCCCUGAUCCAGCUCCGGCCCCAGCUCCUCUUUAUCCCGAUCUGGCUGUUGCUCCUACUCCCGCAGAUUUCACUCAGAACCCUGCCCCUGCUGCUGGCCCAUCAACCCGUAAUAGGGACGACGAUUUUAUUACCCCCCAGCGGCGAGCUGGUUUGCCAGCUAAUUGGGUAAACUGCUGGCCGUCGGGCACUCGUCCACCUUCAACGGACCUUGCUGGGAAUCCGAUCAACGAAUGCGACGCCUGUCGCGCAGAUCGCCCCGGCUACCCUUGCGACGCUUGGAUAGGAGUGUCUCCAGGGGUUGGUUGCACUCACUGCAAGAAGGGUGACAGGACUUGUCGUUGGGGCGACGUACGUCUGGCUCCGCGACCUGACGGCCUGACGGAGCCGAUAAGUUGUGAUCGAUGUACGAGAUUAGACAUAUUGGGUUGUUCCUGGCGGAAUAGACCGAGUGGUGUUCCCUAUGAGGAGUGUACAAGCUGUGUGCGUGCUAACCAGCCGUGCUCCCACGGGUUUCUAGGAGGCUCGCCGGGUUUGUAUCCCAGGUAUCUUCUUGGCAGCAACAAUACUCACUUCGACGCCACUUGUCAUCUGCCUGCGCGUUCUACAGGACGCCAGCAGGGAAGCAGGGAGAGGCAGAGUAAUCCGGUGAGAACGUUUAUUCCUGCGGGGCCGAGAAGUCGUAGCCCUGCGCAGUUCCGUACCAGGGGCGGGGACGUCAUUCAGCCGUCCACGUUUGACCCUACUGUCACUAGGCGGCUUAACAUCUCCGGACGACGAACCGACGGAGGCCAGCAAUGUCUACUGUGUGCUAGUAGAGUUUCGCAGGGCCACACGCGUACAAAUAGCCGGAGAUGUAACGCUAAUCCCUCAAUUCCUAGGGGGUGUGACCAAUGCAGCAGUUGGGGAGUGCAGUGUAUAGUUGAUGGAGCAGCUCUUCCACCUACGGUAUCCAACUCCGCCGGCACUACACGGGACCAGGCCCAUUAUUCUCAUUGCGAUGUGUGUGUUCGAUAUGGCAGACCCUGCGACCGGAAACGGCCGUGCGACUCCUGUGUCAUCUUUGGAGUGGCAUGUCACGGCGGAGCUGUUAAGGGGACAUUUCAUCGAGGAGUUCCCGGUGACGACCAGCCCCUAUACUACUUGAGAACCGGGUUCGGAGACGGUGGUGUCUUUACCUAUCCCGCUUCAAGAUCAGCUCGUCGUCCUGCGUUACCUCUAGACUAUCAUCUCCAAUACCAGCCCUCGAACGGAUAUUCAGGGGUUGGUCUCGGUUAUGUGGAUGUGCAUAGGCAGCCGCUCCGGAUACCACCACCUCCUCAAGGACAGCAAGUGAACUACCCGGUACCACCAGCUCCUCAGCCAUUGCCGCCGAACGUUCCAGAUGUUCCAGAACAGGAACCAGGCGAUCCUGCUAUUCAACUAGGCACACCGAUUUAUUCUCCAUUGAAUAUUGCACAGCCGAUACCAGAAACUCCUGGCAACCAGAUCCCUUCACCGUCGAAUUUCCCAUCAUCAGCUUCGGCACCCCCUCUUCAGCCGACGGAGCAGGUCCCGCAGUUUGACAAUUCGGUAUUUGAUUUACCAUUCGAGCAUCCUGAUUUUUCGGGACCGGUAGCAGAACCCUCUGUUGUUCCGCAAGACUCGCAGGGAUAUGUAUCACCAUCUGACAUAUUGAAAUCGCCCUCUAGUUUUGCAGGACCGUCACUAGGAUCGCCUUUACACCAGGGUGGAUCGUCUGCUUUCCCACAAGGCCAUACGGGAUCUGGUGAACAAGGACUGACCGAGCAGGAGUUGAACGAAUUGCUUUCUUCCUGGACAAAUGAUAAUGCGAUACCAAACGAGUCCCCGCAUCAAACGCAACCUGAUAACUCUCAACAGCAGGCCGGACAUGGCUCACCAGCGAAUCACGGCGCUCAACCGAUCAACUUUGAUUCGCCCCCGGGACCUAACCCCCCAUCCCCAUUCUUUAUCGAUGAGCCUCCACCAGUUGACUGGCCCGCUGUAGAAGACCAGUCUCCCCCGUCAUACGUGCCGCCCGAAUGGAAUACUACCGAGUAUUUUGAUAUGUUUGGUGGUUCGUCCGAGGCGGGACCUAGCGGAACCCAGGGGUAA